AUGUCACUGUUUAAGCUGCGAAAUUGGUGGAAAACCCAGUGCCCCACGGUGGAACCAUCGUAUGAUUCCUUUUCGUUGCACUGCUCCCGGCUAUGCUUGGAGGAGGGUGAGAAGGACAGCAUUGUGGUCGGUGGCCACUCGGGUCAGCUGUGCAUCUAUCAGCCAUCGGGUGAGCGAGCCUCCGAUCUAGACCUGGACACGGACGACCAGCAGCAUCAAAGCCAUCAAAGGCCUUUCGAGAACGCAUUCCAGCAUUCGGACGUCAUCCUGGAGGUGAUGCUCCCACUGCCGGUGAUUGGUGUUUCGAGUGGCAAGUUCACCACGGCAAGCAAAAAUGAUCCCCGGCUGCAACUGGCCGUCCUGCAUCCGAUGAGGCUGUGCAUUUUUCAGAUCGUAACCGUCGAUGGUAUCGCCGAGCACGGAGACUAUACGAAGCUAAUUCCGCUGUAUGAGCACUCGUUGGAAAAACCGGCGUUCUCCAUGUGCCAGGGUCCUUUUGGGGGAGUUAAAGGACGCGAGUUCCUGUGUGUGCAGCAUCUGGACAGUUCGUUGCGGUUCUUCGAACAGGACGGCAUCAACUACGAGCGCACUCUGGCCACCGACCGGCAUCUGUUGUCGCCUGUGCACUAUCUGCCACGGGUUGACUGCUUCGUAACGGUGGCCCCAAGUUGGGUGCUCGAAUGCUACCGGUACCAGGACAUCUCCGAGACAAUCGAGUCCUUGCGGCGGCACGAUCCUAUCUGGUCCCUGUGUAUCGGCGAAUAUGCUCUGGAUUUGAGCGUCCAGCAGAUUUCGAACACCGAAUCGGUCAUCGUUGUGCUAGGCGAAAAUAAUCUGCUGUGCGUGUCCGACACUGGCCAGGUGCGAUUUAUCAAGAAGCUCGACUAUUCGCCGAUCUGUUUCCACACAUUCGUUGUCGGCUGGUAUUGGGAACCUGAUGCCCGGUUAAUAGCGGCUGUAGUGUCGGAAAGCGGAUCGCUCCUGCUCUACGAAAACGACCGGAUACUGUGGUCUGCUCAGCUCCCAGAGAUCCCGGUGGCCAUUGAGCGGGCCAACGUACGUGGACUUCCCGGAGCACUGGUGACCCUUGGUCCAACUGGAUCGCUCCUCAUCGGGUACCUCGGCUCGGAGCCGCAGCUCUUCAAAGUUCCUGCCCUGAAUCUGGCACCGCUCGAUCUCGAGCGGUGCCAGCGCGAACUCUUAGGGUUGGAGCGCGAAAUUCGCGUCGGAGUCGAUCCGAGUGAUGCCAGCAUCGCCAAUGUGGAACAGGACGUUACGAUGGAGAUUGUGAUCGGGAGUCCCACCGCUUCUGUGUACCCGACCAACAUUCCUCCGACGGAUGGUGGUCAGCUGGAGAUGUGUGAACUAAGUGUGGCAGUUCGUGCAGCUCUUAACCUCGAAAUGCUGCAAGUGACCAUUGGGGUCGAUCCGUCCGUUCAGUGCACAACGGAGUCGUUCCUCUUCCGUGACGUGACGCCAAACAAUACAGAACGAUUCGAGACGUGGCUGUACCCGUACGAAGCGGCCACGCCGGGAUCUCUAACGGUAACCGUCUCCUGCUCGUACACCAACAAACACAGCAUUACGAGGGUUCUUCAACGGGUUGCCUACCUUCCUUUGGCGCUCUUCGUCAAAAGCUGUCCACCGUCGAAAGAAUCCUUGUAUAAGAUUACGCUGACCGCUCCGAGUAGUGGUGGCGCGGGGUUGAGACCUUUGUUUCCCGAGCUUUGCGCCGAAGCAAGCCUUAGCGCACUCGGACUUCAAUCGCUCAUCGAUGGCCGCCGGAUGACAAUCGUGGCGGCCAAAACCACCAAUCGGUUCCGCAUUCAAUCUGACGAGCUGCCGCUGCUUGCUACAGUCCUGGAGUGUGUUCUAACCCGACUCGGUUCAGGAUCGACCAUUGGUGAAGUUGCAGAAAUGGCGGAAACUCCGAAAUCCCGCGUCACCAUAAACAGUAUUCCUCCGGUGAGCGAACUUUUGAACUAUGUCCGAAUACAUCACGACUUACGGAUCGACCUGAAACAACUCGAGACUGAACUGGAAAUUGCCACCGGUCAGAUGCGGCUCUUUGAGCGGCGUUUCGUCGUAAAGCUACAGGACCGGUCGCUGCGCGCCCUGGACGGUGUCCUGAUGUUGCUCAAACGAAAUCACGCGAACGUGGCCAAACUUUGCCAGAUGCUUAAGACAAUGCGUCAAGCGGUGAAGCUCUCCAAAAUACAUCUGGGCGCGGUCUUGCACCUUUUCCGGCUGUGCUACUCACACUCGACACUUGCGCGCGAGGGUGGCCUGAAAUACACGGAACAUCUUCGAUCACUGCUCACCAGCACCGUUGUCGACAGCACCGAACAAAGCUUCGAAGAGAUGUUACUACCCGUUUUACGAUUUCUCGAGCAAACGGGACCGCUGCGCAACACAAGUAACGACGGAACGGUGGAGGACGAGAACUACCUUUUCGAUUGUUCCGAUCGGGAAACGGAAAGAACUGUGCAUGAUGUAGCUCGCGCCGCACAGCACCAUGAACUGGUACAGCGAUGGCUUCGGCGAUUGCUGGAACGUGUGAAUGGUCGUGUCACAAGCGUGGCGAAAUCCGUGAGUGGCAGUGGCCGAAACAGUGUCGAUUUUGAGGAUCAACCCCUGCCGGAAGCACCGAAUGAGGACGAGGACGAAAGUGCAGACCGAAAGGACACGGGCGACCUCGAGACAACGAAGCAACUUACUUCACACGGCACUAACCCCGUCAGUGAGUGGGUGAACUACGAAAACGUGUCCGACUUACCGCUUUAA